AUGACAGAGAACAACAGUAUUUGUACAGGAAUUCCUGUUGAGCAAUUGGACAAAAUGAAAACAUUAAAUGAUUUGACACUGUCACCUCGAUCCCUCAUUAGCAUAAACCAUGUCUUCAAUACCAAGAUUGAAGAAGGAAAACCCAUAACCAACCAGAAAUCCUCUGGACGUUGCUGGAUCUUUGCCUACUUGAACCAAACACGAAUUCCAUUCAUGGAGAAGUAUGAACUUGCAGAAUUUGAAUUCAGUCAGGCAUACCUGUUCUUCUGGGAUAAGCUUGAAAGAAGCAACUAUCUGCUUGAUGCAUUUGUCCACUAUAUAUUAAUAUAUGCUAAAAGAGUUGUAUACCAUUUUGGCCAUCACUCUUUUUCUCCUCCUGCCACUAUUACCUGGGAAUACUACAACAAGAACAAAGUCUAUCACAAAGUGGACAAAAUAACCCCACUGGAAUUUUAUAAACAAUAUGUACACCCCUGUUGGGAUGUCACAGAGAUGGUUUGUUUAGUCAAUGAUCCACGUGCAAACAAUGCUUAUAACAAGCUCUAUACAGUGGAAUACUUGGGUAACGUAACAAAUGGCAAACACGUUCUUUACAUUAAUCAACCUGCUGAACAGUUAAAAAAAUUUGCCCUUGCUCAACUUCAAGAUAAAAAGAGUGUAUGGUUUGGAUGUGAUGUUGGUAAGCAAUUCCAAGGAAAACAACAUGGAGUCUUGGAUCUGAAAGCCCAUGACUACAAGAAAGUGUUUGGCUGUGAAGUUCAGACUUUGAAUAAAGCAGAACGAUUGAUUUACAGAGAAUCUUUGAUGACUCAUGCCAUGUUAUUCACUGGUGUCAAUGUUGAUGGUGAAAAAACUGACAAAUGGAGGGUUGAGAAUUCAUGGGGUGAUGAGGAUGGGGAUAAAGGUUACUUGGUCAUGACAGAUGAUUGGUUUUCUGAAUAUGUCUAUGAAGUCGUAAUUCACAAAAAAUAUUUGCCUGCUGAAAUCCUUGCCAUUCUUGAUCAAAACCCCAUUGUUCUACCUGCUUGGGACCCAAUGGGUUCUUUGGCAUAA